GCGAGCGCGGAGCCACGGACAGUGUAGAGACGGAGCAGAGUGAAACGGCGCUCGGAGUGUGUGCGCGUGUGUGUGAGUGUGUGCGCGUGUGUGUGAGAGACCGUGUGCGUGAGUGUUAACGGGAGCGCGCUUUCCGUGGCGGAGUGCGGGAGGAUGAGCACGCGUGAGUGAACACAGGGGUUACGGAUCGGAUCUGCGCGCGAGAGGAAACUCCAGCUUUGGAUCCUGUGUGUGUGUGUGUGUGUGUGUGUGGACGAGGCUUCGCUGUAACGGAGCGCCGGAGCGACCGCACGGUUCCCACAAUGACUGACUGAAGAAAUGAAAGAAGUUUGACUUUCUGUAUGAUUGCUGAUAGAGGUGUUUUCAACAUCACCCAUGGCUUACUGUCCAGUCUGAGCACCGAGUCUCAACAAGCACCUGAUUACACUGGAUUCUGGAGGUCUGGAGAAGAUCAAUUUCUCAUUUGAGCCAUCAGUACCCAGCUUAGAAGGUCCAGUUGUCAAACCUACACGCUGAGAACCACCAGCGGUCCUAAAAAGAACAGUUGUGUAGGUGGAUCCACAGAACCGCUGCUGUUCCACCAAUCAGAAUCUACCGGUUCUUCCACCAAUCAAACCGGAACCGUCGCUGCACGGCAAGGAGUUCUGUUUCUGGGAUCGUAGCCGGCACCUGGAAUUCGAGUAGUUUCAUUUGUAUCCAAUCAGAACAAGGAUACUUGGAGAAAUGGGUGGGGCUAAAGUCCUACUCGUGAUGCUGGUGAUUGGUCUGGAAAAUGCAAACAGUGUGAACUGGAACCCAGUCCCGCGCAAGACCAUCCGGUAUCACGAAGUGAUAGACAGCAUGGCGCGGUUCCGGGCGCUCGGGGUGUUUAACUACACCAUGCUGACGCUGUCCGAGCACGAGCGCGUCCUGUACAUCGGCGCCCGGGAGACGCUAUUCGCCCUCGACCCCAAUGACAUCACACGGCAGCUCCGCCCACAGAUUGACUGGCCGGCGCCUGUGGAGAAGAAGAAAGAGUGUGCAGAGCGAGGGAAAAACAACCAGACGGAGUGUUUUAACUACAUCCGCUUCCUGCAGAGCUACAAUCACACACACAUGUACACCUGCGGUACCUACGCCUUCCAGCCCAAGUGCACCUACAUCAGCGUGGAUCAUUUCACUCUGAACAGCGCCGCCCUGGAGGACGGGAAGGGCAAGUGUCCCUAUGAUCCCGCCAAAGGCCACACCGGCCUUAUCGUAGAUAAGGAGCUGUAUUCUGCCACUCUGAAUAAUUUCUUGGGCACGGAGCCCGUGAUCCUGCGCAACCUGGGACAGCAACACUACAGCAUGAAGAACGAAUACCUGCCGGCCUGGCUCAAUGAGCCCAAAUUCGUGGGUUCUGCACUUGUGCGCGAGAGCAGGAACAGCCGCGAGGGAGACGACGAUAAAAUCUACUUCUUCUUCAGCGAGAAAGCCGUGGAGCUCGACUGUGACGGAGAUCUGACUGUAGCCCGGGUGGCCCGUGUGUGUAAGGGAGACCAGGGGGGGACACGGACACUGCAGAAGAAGUGGACGACAUUUCAGAAGGCUCGGUUGGUUUGUUCCCUGCCCGAGCGUCACAUCACCUUCAACCACCUGCAGGCCGUCUUCACCAUGCAGGGUACUGACUGGAGGAGCACCGCCUUCUAUGGGGUUUUCCACGCCCAGUGGGGGGACGUGGACGUCUCGGCCGUGUGUCAGUACCACAUCGGGGACGUGAAGAGUGUGUUCGACGGCCCGUAUAAGGAGUACCGUGAGGCGUCUCAGAGAUGGGGCAGAUACAUGGGUGCCGUGCCGAACCCACGGCCUGGAGCGUGCAUCACGAACUCUGACCGAGAGAAAGGCUACAACAGCUCGCUGCAGCUGCCAGACGCCACGCUGAACUUCGCCAAGAAGCACCCGCUGCUCGACCUGAGGGCCGAGGCUCAACCCCUGAUGCUCACCAAAGGGGUGAACUUCACCCGAAUCGCAGUGGACCGAGUGAGCGCCCUCGACCAGAGAGUCUACAGCGUGCUGUUUAUUGGAACAGCGGAUGGUUGGCUCCAGCGAGUAGCGAUUGUUGGAUCUGAGGCUCACGUGAUCGAGGAGAUCCAGCUGUUUGAUUGGCCGCAACCGGUCGACAGUCUGACCAUCUCACACAGCAAGAAGUACCUGUACAUCGGCUCCCGGUCCGAGGUGUUACAGUUGCCCUUGGCUAACUGCAGUCGUUAUCACUCUCAGCCGGACUGCUGGCUGUCCCGAGAUCCGUACUGCGCCUGGGACAGCGAGGGACGAGCCUGCGUCCGCAUCGACCUCCACCGCGGGUCCAUGUCCACUCUGACUCAGGACCUUAUGCUUGAGCGCUUCAAUCGAGGUGCAAAAGCCAAGUUUGAUAAGCCCGUCUCCAUCCCGAGUCCAGAACAUACCCGGCUGAGGAACGUGACGGUGGUGGUGGGCUCGGACCUGGUCCUGCCAUGCCAGCUUGUCUCGAACCUGGCUCGCCCCUCGUGGGCGCUCAACGAGCGCGAGUUGUUGCUCUCAUCUGACUCGGAUGCGACAGGACCCCGUUUUGACCGCGCCCUCCGUGCCCUGGUUAUCCCCCAGGCAGGUGCCCUUCAGGCCGGACGCUACGUGUGCUACUCCGAGGAGCAGGGAGUAAAAUUCCAGACUGAGCGCUACCAGGUUGCAGUGGUGGCCAGCGCGCCGGUGUUUAUGGAAGCGCGAGCACCAGACGCCAGCAUGGGGCUUUUCUGGGUACUGGUGAUUGCGUUAGGUGUGACGUGUCUGGUGCUGCUCGCCGGCGCCCUCUACUUGCGCAGAAGGCUGAAGUUAGCGCUGGGGAAAGCGGGAACUUCCGAGAUGAAACCGUUAGAGAGCACACUGGUCUACCCGAUCACGCUGCCCAAGGAGACGCCGAGUUUCGUCCCCAGCAAGAUGCCCACCAGUUCAAACAACGAUGAGGAUCGGUUCUGGGAAACCGGCGCUAAUUAUUAUUACUCAGACGGAUCGUUGAAGAUCGUGCCUGGACACGCUUCCUCAUCUUCUCCGAGCGCAAUUCCCGGGCAGCCUUUACACUCGCCGAGCCGCCUGAGCCUCACGAACAUCCGGAACUCUGGCGCAAAUGGGUAUGUUAGACUCAGCCUGAGCGUAGCAGGCGAAGACAGGGCGAAUGGAGGGAUAAAUCCAGGAGGAGUCGGAGGAGUCGGAGGAAAGCUUGGGAUCGGCACCAGGGAGAACGACUACACAAGCCCCUUCAAGGAGGAGCUCCGGAGGACGCUGCAGCAGAGAAGCGUCCUGCCUGACGCCAACCCGGAAGAGUCGUCAGUGUAGAGCACAAGCAGAGAUGCCAAAACAGUCGCCUACCUCCCUCCUUCACGGAGAAACAUCCUUCCUCUCUCUUUCACUAUCUACCCUUCCUUCCAUCGGACAUUACUUAUCUCUCUCUCUCUCUCUCGGCUAACAACAUCAACCCAAUCCAGCAGCUAACGCCCAGGGCAUGAUCAUGAUCUCUCCAUCAAAAAAAAAAAAAAAAAACACAUCGUUUUCAUUUCACACAAAAUCUCAUCGGUCAGACUGAGCUGUCAUUCAGACAUGUGGGAGGAGCCACACCUAUUUGUGUUCUGGUUCAGGAUUGGACGAGGGAGGGGCGGGAAGGGGGAACAAAAAUAAAACAGGACUUUUCAGCAAGACGACAAUCAUACUUUUUGAAAUAAAAAAAGUGUGAAAGAGAAGAGAGAGGACAAAGUAAAUGAAGGGAGCUGUUAAAGAAAGACAAACUCUCUAUAUGACUUUCUAAAUGGCUCGUUUUUUUCUUGUUUUGUUUUUUUGUUUGUUUGUUUCUUCUGAGAAUGUCUUCAGUCUCAAAGCACUAAUAUAUUGCGACGUUUGUAAUUUAAAGUUUUUUCUUCGCAUUUUUUCGGGACAUUGGGGGACAAUGGAGAAGGACGCGGGGACGUUUUGUCUCCUGGGGUGGAAUGUGAACAUUAGGACGUGAGGUUUAUCUCACCGUCCUUGAGCUAAGACUCUGGUUUUGACGCUGACUUGGAAAAAAAAAACUUGUGCUAAGCCAACGACUGUACAUCAUUACUGUAAAAAAAAAAAAAAACAUUUCAAUAAGUGCAUUACUGCGUAUGAAUCCUGUCUGGAUAUUUACUUCGCUGUGGAUAGAUUCACCCCGAUUGGAAGCCGAAGGCUGGAUUGAUCUCACGUUCUCCAAUUAGAGCCUGCGUCUGAGUCGAAACAGCGUCUCAGACGUCCGCGGACUGAACCGCCAGGCAAAAGACAAGGACAUUUUCUCAUUUUCACACUUUUGCUGAUGUACAACAGAAGGGGACGUGGGUCAUCCAUCCGUGAGGUACUACAGCAGACUCAGUCGGCGGGCGCUCCUUUCUUGCAUGAAGCUCUACAAAGCCGGCGUUAUUUUUUAUUGUUAUUAUUAUUAUUAUUUUAUUUUAUUUUUUUUCCGAAGUGCAAAAGUUCACCAAGUCUUACUCAUGACUCAGACUCUUUAAAAAAAAAAAAGGAAAAAAAAAACAUAAAAAUAAAAAACAGACAUUGUGAUUUGUUUUUUUGGAUUUUGUUCAUUUUCGCUGUGCCUCUUCAGCAUGGGCUAAGCCAAAGUAGACUGCAGAUGUUUUUCUUCUUCUUCUCCUCCUUCUAAUUCAAUCAGUUCCUUUUGUUUUGUUUUGUUUUAUUUUAAUUCUUUAUUUAAGUUCGGAGUCCGUCCACUGCACAGAAAAGAAAUUCUGCUACUACAGAAGCAUACUGAGUGUUUGGUUUGUUAUUCGUUUUUAAUGGAGAAAAAAAAUCGAUAUAUUUUGUUGCAUGACAGCUUUAUGAUUUUUUUUUUAAACAGCUGUUCGUUCUGUCAUCUAAACGUCAGGAAAAAAAAAGAACGAUAGAACCGUAACUGUAAUGGAAAUGUAAUGGAGAAUGUUGAGCCUUUUCACAGAGCAUGACUAUUUCUUGCUUGUCUUCGAGCCGAACACACGGGAAGAUCUGUCAGCUCUCAGGGUGUCCGUUUUUAAACAUCUAGCUACAGGCAGGCGUGUGCCGAUCACUGGUCCUUCGGUAAACCGCAAAAAUGUUUAUUAACGACAUAAUGUGUAAUUUAGCCAUCAGAAUAUCACGUGAUAUUUCGGACAAACGUGUGGACGCAGGACGCGUGUCGUUCUUUAAAAAGAUAAUAAUUUGAGCUGGAAACCGAAUUUACACCGGUUUACGCUCCUUAUACAUAAGAAAUAAAACAAGUUUUGUCCCUUGGAAUAAAACGUUUGUCAAUCAGGUGAGUUCCAGCUCAAAAGACUUGUUCCCUUACCAGAAUUUCUCUCUUUGUUUCGCUUUGUUUUUGGUGUUAAACUUUCAGGUUACAGAGAAAUCACAGAAAAACAUCAGCUCGUCUGUUAUUAAAGUUACCGCGUUACUUUUGACUGUUACAAAGCGCUGACACCGGAGACUCCUUCCUUAAAUACUAGGGUCAAUACGUUCAAGUCAAACCGAGACUUGUGGUGAAAUUUCUAGUGAAUGAAAGUGAUUGACAUUUAGACAUUAGAGACUCUUAGCCGCAGUAAAACAUUCGAACGGUGCAAAUA